AUGAGCGCCUUUAUCUGCGCGGACGCCCGGCGCGCGCUGCUGAGAGUGGCAGCAGGGGGCGUCACAAAGAGCACCUGCAUGCAGAGCUCUGCGGUCCCCCUUCGAUUCCUCCUCGGCAGCAGCAGCAGCAGCUCCCAAACUCGAUCAAUUACAUCUCGGUGCCAACGAAAAUGGCAGACGUCACGAAUACUACACAGCCCCGCAAGUGAGACGAGCCCGCGGCGGACAUUCUUCUCUUCCACCAAGAUCAUCCGCAACUACGAGGAGCUGCCGCGCGACUACCGCGACCAGACCGGCCUCGUCUUCCGCAGCAAGGACAUCACCGAUGAGGAGGCUAAGCGCAUAUUUGGGCCGAGGAUGACGGCCGCGGCGGCGAACCACCUGCUGCGGAUCCUGCACGGGCGGCGCGUCGCCGGCACGCUCGAGGACCCGGCGUUUGCGGUGCACACGGCGCAGUUCUCGCCGGAGCAGAUGGCGGCGGGGCUCGCGUACCUGCGCGAGACGGUGCCGGUCGGGGAGGUGAUGAACGCGGGGCUGCGCGCCGAGGACGAGCUGAACCAGAUGGAGCUGGAGCGGGAGCAGGCCGAGAAGCGCAAGGCCAAGGGCGCCGAGGAGGCGGCCUCGGAGCAAGCGACAGAGGAAGACGAAGCCAAGGUCGACCCGGUAUACGGACGGAGCAGCUUUGACGCGAUGCGCGCGCGCAUCAAGGCAAAGGACAAGGCACGGGAGCGGGCACUCGAGGAGGAGCGCCAAGCCAAGGAGGCUCAGGAACCAGCCGCCGCCGCGGGACCCCUGGCCAAGAGGGAAGACGGCACGAGAGCAAUCACGAACCCCAAGGUGGCCGAAUACUACGCCAAGGCACAGUCGACUUUGGAGGCGCCUCCAGAGAUGCGCACGUGGGAGCGAAUCGUGCCGUCGGCGACGGUGGUGGCGCUGGUCCUGGGCUUCAUGGCGGCCGUCGCGAUGGUGUACGAGGAGCCGAUGCCGCGCUACCGGCUGCUACGCGAGCUGUCGACGGCGCAGGCCACGGUGGGAGCCAUGAUCGCGGUCAACGUGGCCGUGUUCCUGGCGUGGCGGGUGCCGCCGCUGUGGAAGACGCUCAACAAGUGGGCGAUCCUGGUGGUGGCGACGCCGCGGCCGGCCACGCUCUUCACGGCCGUCUUCUCGCACACCAAGCUGAGCCACCUGCUGGUCAACAUGGUGCCGCUGUGGUUCGUGGGCACGGCGCUGCACGAGGAGCUGGGGCGGGCCGACUUCACGACGCUGUACGCGGGGUGCGGCGCGGUCGGGUUCCUGGGCAGCCUGACGACGUACACGCUGCGCGGGUGGCUGACGGUGACGUCGCUGGGCGCGUCGGGGGCGACGCUGGGGCUCUGCGCGGCGUACUUUUGGGAGCACCGGUCGGACGGGUUCAAGGUGCUUGGCCUGCCGCGCGAGGGCGUCCACGGCAUCGUCUUCCUGGCGCUCAUCGCGGCGGUGCAGCUGGCGGGGCUGGGGCGCACCAUGCGCUACAAGGUGGACGUGGCGUCGCACCUGACGGGCAUGGCGGCGGGCGUGCUGGGGAUGGAGAUGCUGAACCGCACGGAGAGGAGGAGGAAGGGUGGUGGUGGGCGCGGCGAGGGCGGCAAGGAGGUGAUUGAGCUGUGGACGCCCGAGGGGCAUGGUGGUGCUGAGGGUGAGGGUUUGGCGGUGGGAGCAGCGGCGGCGGCGCGGAAGCCGGCGGCUGUGGAUGCGUCAUGA